UGGGCGCCCUGGCAGCACAUGGCAAGAACACGGGAAGAUGUUGCCGUCGGGGAAAACUCAGCUUCUCUGUUGCUGGCGAGAUGCUGUCCAUUUAUCAUGAGGCUCCUUCCUGCCCAGGUUGCUCCAUCGAUUGCCAGAACACACACUUGUUGAUCAUUGCCCCCGAACCCGUUGUACGACUAACUACCUUCUUCCAGUACAAUCUGCGGUGCUUCCUGUGCUGCUCCAACUCCAGACUAUCGACUCUAUACUGGCGCGGAACGAAACCAAAGAACAAAGUCAAUCUGCCCUUGGGACCCUGAUUCCGUUGGGAAGUCGACGUGAUACCACGGACCGAAACUAAAGCACACGAGCCGAAGUGACCAGAUAGUGGAUUGAUUCAUGUGCGUGGCUUCUCAAAUGGCCUGCCCCGGCAGCUGUCCUUCCCAACCAGCACCGACAUCAUCCUCGCCACAACACACGAGCCAACCUUUACUGCUAUCGGACAGGAGCCUUGUACCCUGUCAGUGUGGCAUUUGUCCCGAGUUUUAUGGUCUCCCUGCUACAAGCCCCGCAAUGUCUGUCUGCUCCUCCUUCCAGAGCGGGAUGUCGCCCGGCACCAGGUUAACGGGCAUCAACGGCCCAACCAUCGAGUUCUUUCAACCUGCUCACGAUAGUGCCAUGUGUUUCGGAGAGCCUCCAAACCUGGACAUGGGUGGCUACUCAGACAGCUCACCUUGCCUGAACCAACCCGAUCCAAGCUAUGGCGCCUCUUCGAUGGUAACGAGCGUGCCGGAGCAUACCAAUGGCGCACCGAGCAGUCCGGAGUGUGUAACUGCGUGCUUCGAGCCCAUAGGCACGAUUGCCACGCGGAACGAGAGACGGAAGGCACAAAACCGAGCGGCUCAAAGAGCUUUUCGCGUUCGCCAACAGCAAGCUUUAGCAGAAGCGCAAGCUAAGUUGCGCGCCUUGCAGGCAGAACUGGAUGGAGCUACUGGGAGAAAGGACCAUUUUGAACGAUUAUACAAAAGUCUCAGCCGCGAGCACGAGCAGCUUCUCAGAACAUUUCAGGAGUUGCUGGUAUCAGUCCAAUCGAGGUCUCCAGGAACUGAAGUGCAACUGGUCCUCUAG